GCAUGGUCCAGGCCUGGCUGCAUGGCGAGCAAAAAGUGCGCAGCCUCCUGAUCGUCGAUGUCCGCGAUGUGGCCAAAGCGCACGUCGCAGCGGCAUCAGGGAAAGCAACCGGCGAGCGUUUCAUCGUAUCGACCGAGGUGCGCCUGCUACCGGACGAGGUGGCGAAGGUCAUCCGGGACUCUGGCGCAGCAGGUCCUGUACGUGCAGCAGCUUCGCCGGCUGCUACGGCAGAGCCACCCUGCCUGCGUCCUGGCGCGACAGAGGUGCGCUGUUCGGAGCGUUUAGCGCACCUGGGUGUGUCGUGCCGACCGGUGGAGGUGACGGUCAAAGACAUGGUUCAGGACCUCCUCAGCAUGGAGCAGAGCUGA